GCGGCCCUGGUGGCGGGUCUCUCUGUGGGGCCCGUGUGGGUGGCGGCGGGCGCACGGCGCGAGCCCUCAGGAGCGCGCCGCGCGUCCCUUUCUCCCCCGGAGCGGCGGGCUGCGGAAGUGACGUGUUGUUCGGGGCCGCAGCGCGUUUGAAUCGGUUCCCGGGUGAUCCUCUCGCCUGCCGCGGUUCAGCCGACGAGUAGGGGCUGCAACGCGCCGGGCCGAGGCCUCGAGCCGCCCCUGGGGCUGCAGCUGAAGGCGCGCCGCGCGGAGCCUGCACCUCAGCCAGUCCUGAGCGGGGCGGCGGCCAACGCCGAAGCCGCCGUCCUUUCUCCUUUUCCCCCAAUAUGGCAGCGGCGGGUGAUGGCGGGUCUGGCGGGCCCUCGCUGGGGACUGGGGAGGACGGCGGAGGCGACGGCCACAGGACGGUGUACUUGUUUGACCGACGCGAGAAAGAGUCCGAGCUCGGAGACCGGGCGCUGCAGAUCGCGGAGCACUCGGACUACGCGGGCUUCCGCGCGUCGGUGUGUCAGACACUUGGCAUUUCACCUGAAGAGAAAUUUGUUAUUACAACAACAAGUAGGAAAGAAAUUACCUGUGAUAAUUUUGAUGAAAUUGUUAAAGAUGGAGUCACUCUGUACUUGCUACAUUCAGUUAAUCAGUUACUACUAACUGCUACAAAGGAAAGAAUUGACUUCCUACCUCACUAUGAUACACUGGUUAAAAGUGGCAUGUAUGAAUAUUAUGCAAGUGAAGGACAGAAUCCUUUGCCAUUUGCUCUUGCGGAAUUAAUUGACAAUUCAUUGUCUGCUACUGCUCGUAACGUUGGUAUUAGAAAAAUACAGAUCAAAUUGCUUUUUGAUGAAACACAAGGAAAACCUGCUGUUGCAGUGAUAGAUAAUGGAAGAGGAAUGACCUCUAAACAGCUUAACAACUGGGCCGUGUAUAGGUUAUCAAAAUUUACAAGGCAAGGUGACUUCGAAAGUGACCAUUCAGGAUAUGUUCGUCCAGUACCAGUGCCACGCAGUUUAAAUAGUGAUAUUUCCUAUUUUGGUGUUGGGGGCAAGCAGGCUGUUUUCUUUGUUGGACAGUCAGCCAGAAUGAUAAGCAAACCUGCAGGCUCACAGGAUGUUCAUGAGCUUGUGCUUUCUAAAGAAGAUUUUGAGAAGAAGGAGAAAAAUAAAGAAGCAAUAUAUAGUGGAUAUAUUAGAAAUAGAAAGCCAUCUGAUUCUGUUCACAUUACAAAUGAUGAUGAAAGAUUUCUACAUAAUCUCAUCAUAGAGGAGAAAGAAAAAGAUAGUUUUACUGCUGUGGUUAUCACAGGGGUACAGCCAGAGCACAUACAGUACUUGAAAAACUAUUUCCAUCUUUGGACGCGACAGUUAGCGCAUAUUUAUCAUUACUAUAUUCAUGGACCAAAAGGAAAUGAAGUUCGUAUGUCAAAAGAAGUUGGACCUUUCAGCAACAUUGAUAUUGAAAUUUCUAUGUUUGAAAAAGGGAAGGCACCAAAGAUUGUCAACCUAAGGGAUAUUCAAGAUGACAUGCAGACGUUGUAUGUAAACAAAGCAGCUGAUAGUUUUGAAUUCAAGGCUCAUGUUGAAGGAGAUGGUGUAGUGGAAGGGAUUAUCCGAUAUCAUCCAUUCUUAUAUGAUAAAGAAACUUACCCUGAUGAUCCAUGCUUUCCAUCAAAAUUAAAAGAUGAAGAUGAUGAUGAUGAUUGUUUCAUACUUGAGAAAGCAGCAAGAGGGAAAAGGCCUAUUUUUGAAUGUUUUUGGAAUGGACGAUUAAUACCAUAUACAUCAGUAGAAGACUUUGACUGGUGUACCCCUCCCAAGAAGAGAGGGCUUGCACCAAUUGAAUGCUACAAUAGAAUAUCUGGUGCAUUAUUCACUAAUGACAAAUUCCAGGUCAGCACAAAUAAACUGACUUUUAUGGAUCUUGAGCUAAAACUGAAAGACAAGAACACCCUUUUUACAAGGAUUUUGAAUGGACAGGAGCAGCGAAUGAAAAUUGAUAGAGAAUUUGCUUUGUGGCUAAAGGACUGUCAUGAAAAGUAUGACAAACAGAUCAAAUUUACACUUUUUAAAGGAAUAAUUACACGUCCUGAUCUUCCUUCUAAAAAGCAAGGCCCCUGGGCAACAUACUCAGCAAUAGAGUGGGAUGGAAAAAUGUACAAAGCAGGACAGCUGGUCAAGACAAUCAAGACACUCCCCCUCUUUUAUGGAAGUAUAGUAAGAUUUUUUCUUUAUGGUGAUCAUGAUGGAGAAGUAUACGCUACGGGAGGAGAAGUUCAAAUAGCAAUGGAGCCUCAGGCAUUGUAUGAUGAAAUAAAGACCGUGCCAAUUGCAAAGCUGGAUAGAACAGUUGCUGAGAAGACUGUUAAAAAGUAUGUAGAAGAUGAAAUGGCAAGGCUUCCUGAUAGAUUGUCAGUAACAUGGCCUGAAGGUGAUGAAUUGUUGCCUAAUGAGAUUAGGCCUGCUGGAACCCCCAUUGGUGCAUUAAGAAUUGAAAUACUGAAUAAAAAAGGGGAAGCAAUGCAAAAGCUUCCAGGAACAAGUCAUGGAGGGUCAAAGAAACUCCUGGUUGAACUCAAAGUUAUAUUACACACUUCAAGUGGAAAUAAGGAAAUCAUUUCACACAUAAGUCAACAUGGAGGAAAAUGGCCUUACUGGUUUAAAAAAAUGGAAAAUAUUCAAAAGUUGGGGAAUUACACAUUGAAAUUACAAGUUGUAUUGAAUGAAAGUAAUGCAGAUACUUACGCAGGAAGACCACUUCCAUCUAAAGCAAUUAAAUUUUCUGUGAAAGAGGGUAAGCCAGAAAAAUUUUCCUUUGGUCUUCUGGAUCAUCCUUUUCGUGUUGGAGUUCCAUUCAAUAUUCCUCUGGAAUUUCAGGAUGAAUUUGGUCAUACUAGUCAACUAGUAACUGAUAUUCAGCCAGUUCUUGAAGCAAGUGGUUUAUCUUUACAUUAUGAAGAAAUAACCAAAGGGCCAAAUUGCGUAAUUCGAGGUGUUACAGCAAAGGGAUCUGUAAACUCUUGUCAAGGCAAGAAUUUUAAUCUGAAGGUUAUUCUACCAGGUUUAAAAGAAGACUCACAGAUUUUGAAAAUGAGAUUACUGCCUGGUCCCCCUCGUCGAUUGAAAGUGAAACCUGAUUCUGAAAUUUUAGUUAUAGAAAAUGGAACAGCUUUCCCAUUUCAAGUGGAAGUUUUAGAUGAAUCAGACAACCUAACAGCACAACCAAAGUUGAUUGUUCAUUGUAAGUUUUCAGGUGCUCCAAACCUUCCAGUCUACACUGUUGAUUGCAGUAGUUCUGGAACCAGCAUUUUAACAGGAUCUGCCAUUCAAGUUCAGAAUAUUAAAAAAGACCAGACACUUAAAGCAAGAAUUGAAAUACCUAGUUGUAAGGAUGUCACGCCUGUGGAAAAGACAAUCAAGUUGCUUCCCAGUAGCCAUGUUGCAAGAUUACAGAUAUUCAGUGUAGAAGGGCAGAAGGCAAUCCAGAUCAAACACCAAGAUGAAGUUAAUUGGGUAGCAGGCGACAUUAUGCAUAAUCUUAUUUUCCAAAUGUAUGAUGAAGGAGAAAGAGAAAUUAAUAUAACAUCAACUUUAGCAGAAAAAAUUAAAGUUAACUGGACUCCUGAGAUUAACAAAGAACACUUGCUACAAGGUCUGCUGCCUGAUGUGCAGGUACCAACUUCUAUAAAAGAUAUGCGUUAUUGCCAAGUUUCAUUUCAAGAUGAUCAUGUGUCUUUGGAAAGUGCAUUUACAGUAAGACCACUCCCUGAUGAACCUAAACAUUUAAAAUGUGAAUUAAAAGGAGGAAAAACAGUACAGAUGGGCCAAGAGCUUCUUGGAGAAAUAGUUAUUAUAAUUACAGAUCAGUAUGGAAAUCAAAUUCCAGCAUUUUCACCAAAUUCUUUAUCUGCUUUGUCAAUUGCUGGAGUUGGACUUGAUAGUUCAAAUUUGAAAACUACUUUUCAGGAAAGCACACAAAGUAUAAGUGUAAGAGGCAUCAGAUUCAUUCCAGGUCCUCCUGGAAAUAAGGAUCUUUGUUUUACUUGGCGUGAGUUUUCUGACUUUAUUCGAGUACAGCUAAUUUCUGGACCGCCAGCUAAACUUCUCCUUAUCGACUGGCCAGAACUAAAGGAGUCCAUUCCAGUGAUUAAUGGAAGAGAAUUACAGAACCCCCUUACUGUUCAACUUUGUGAUCAGUGGGAUAAUCCAGCACCUGUACCACAGGUUAAAAUAAGUCUCAUAAAACCGAACAACUUAAAGCUCAUGCCUUCAAACCAACAGCAUAAAACAGAUGAGAAGGGCAGGGCUAAUUUGGGAGUAUUCACUGUUCUUGCUCCUCGGGGAGAACAUAUUAUGCAGAUUAAAGCUGUCUAUAACAAAUGUACCAUAGAAGGACCUACAAUUAAGUUAAUGAUUCUUCCAGACCCUGAAAAACCAAUUCGUCUCAAUGUUAAAUAUGACAGAGAUGCUUCCUUUUUAGCAGGGGGUGUUUUCACUGAUUUUAUGAUUACUGUUAUUUCUGAAGAUGACAGUAUUAUUAAAAAUAUUAAUCCAGCACGAAUUUCCAUGAAAAUGUGGAAGUUAUCAAACAGUGGCAACCGACCACCAGCAAAUGCAGAAACAUUUAGUUGUAAUAAAAUAAAAGAUAAUGACAAGGAAGAAGGCUGCUUCUAUUUCAGGGAUAAAGCAAUUCCUAACAAAGUGGGGACAUACUGUAUCCAGUUUGGUUUUAUGAUGGAUAAAGCAAAUACUCUCAACAGUGAACAGGUUAUUAUUGAGGUUCUACCUAAUCAACCUGUGAAGUUAGUUCCCGAAAAUCAACCAGCUACACCAGCUGUUUCUAAUGUUCGCUCAGUUCUCAGUAGGACCUUGGUCAGAGAUUUAUGUCUCAAUGUCACGGAUGAGUAUAGCAACCAUACUGGACUUGAUUUGGUUGGUACUGUAAUAGCUACCAUUAAAGGUUCUAAUGAAGAAGAUAAUGAUACCCCACUCUUUAUUGGAAAAGUUAGAACACUUGAAUUUCCUUUUGUGAAUGGUUCAGCUGAAAUCACAAGUCUAGUGCUGGCAGAAAAUAGCCCCGGAAGAGAUAGUACUGAGUAUUUCAUUGUAUUUGAGCCUCGCCUGUCACGUUUAUCAAGAACUUUAGAACCAUAUAUCCUACCAUUUAUGUUUUACAACGAUGUUAAGAAACAGCAACAAAUGGCUGCACUUACAAAAGAAAAGGAUCAAUUAUCUAAGUCUAUUAUUAUGUAUCGAAAUUUAUUUGACGCCAGCAAACAGCUUCUUGAUGAAAUGAAAUGCCAAGUUGAAGAAGCAAAGUUAAAGGAGGCUCAGUUGCGAAAUGAACUAAAAAUUCAUAAUAUUGAUAUUCCUGCAGCACAGCAGAUACCACACAUUGAAGCACUUUUGAAAAAAAAGAUGUCAGAACAGGAAGAACUAAAAAAAAAACCCAGAAGAUCAUGUACUCUUCCAAACUAUACAAAAGGCAGUGGAGAUGUUUUAGGAAAGAUUGCACAUCUAGCACAAAUUGAAGAUGAUAGAGCUGCAAUGGUUAUUUCUUGGCAUCUGGCAAGUGACAUGGACUGUGUAGUUACUCUAACCACUGAUGCUGCACGUCGGAUCUAUGAUGAAACCCAAGGUCGUCAGCAGGUGUUGCCCCUUGAUUCUAUUUAUAAGAAGAAUAUUCCAGAUUGGAAAAGACCUCUACCUCAUUUCAGAAAUGGGAAAUUGUAUUUUAAACCCAUUGGAAAUCCCGUCUUUGCCCGAGAUUUGUUAACUUUUCCAGAUAAUGUAGAACAUUGUGAAACAGUAUUUGGUAUGCUGUUAGGAGACACCAUCAUUUUGGACAAUCUGGAUGCAGCCAAUCAUUAUAGAAAAGAGGUUGUUAAAAAUACACAUUGUCCUACACUGCUGACCAGAGAUGGAGAUCGAAUUCGAAGUAAUGGAAAGUUUGGAGGCCUGCAGAAUAAAGCUCCUCCAAUGGAUAAACUUCGGGGAAUGGUAUUUGGAGCUCCAGUACCAAAACAAUGCCUAAUCAUAGGGGAACAAAUAGAGCUUCUUCAGCAGUAUCGUUCUGCUGUGUGCAAGCUGGGCACUGUGAAUGAAGACCUUAAUGGUCAACUUGAGUACCUUCACACUCCUGAUAUGAAGAAGAAAAAGCAAGAACUUGAUGAACAAGAGAAAAAUCUGAAAAUAAUAGAGCAAAAACUAGGUAUGACUCCCACACGUAAAUGUAAUGACUCAUUACGCCAUUCAACAAAGGUUGAGGUAGUAGAUUGUCCAAUUCCUCCUAAAAGAAUGAGAAGAGAAGCUACAAGACAAAAUAGCUCUCUUCUAUGGCCUGGAAAAGCAGUAGAAGAUGGCCCAAGUCUCUGGACCCCUGAACCCACAAGGAAGACCCGGAAGAAGCUCCUGGCUCUUGGCUUCGGAUCAGCACAGUUCCUGCUGUUGCAGCCAUCUAGGGAGUGAACCACCAAAUGGAAGAUCUCUCUCUCUCUCUCUUUCUCUCUCUGCCUCUGCCUCUCUGUAACUCUGCCUUUCAAAUAAAUAAAUAAAUAAGUAAGUAAAAGAUAAGGCUAGGAUAAAGCUUAAAAAAAAAUCUGAUGGUAGAGGGGUAGUUAUUUGGCACAGUGGUCAAGACACCCACAUCCCAUAUCAGAAUUCCUGUAUUCAAGUUCGUUCUGUCCUUCCAGUUUCUACUUCCUGCUAAUAUAGAUCCAGGAGGCAGCAGAUAAUUACUCAGAUAUUUAGGUUCCUGGGUCUUAGCUUCAGCUUGGUGCAGCCCUGGCUAUUGCAGGCAUUUGGAGAAUGAACCAGUUGAUGAAAGAGCUCUCUGUCUCUGCCUUUCAAAUAAGUGUUUUUAUAAACUUAGAACCUAAGUGAAACUAAUGAAAUUAAGGCAAUUAUUUCGCUCUCCUAGCAUAUCCAAUUUGCUAAAUGAUUUUUGCUUAGUUAGAAAUGUUAGCAGUUUAUUUUUAUGUCACAGAAGUCACCAGCUGUUAAAAAUGAAAGUGCUUUUCUGUUGCUUGGCUUAACUUUCACAUAUACUACAUUCUGCUUUAUAGAAUCAACGACUUAAUAAGCAUAGAACUGCAAAAUCAUUUGUAUGUUACUUACUUUAAAAUUGGUUAAAUUUUUGGUUUGGAAAAGUCAAGAUACCGUACAGAAAAUGAACACAGCCAUCUGUGGCCUAAACAAUGAUAAGAGUUGUCUUUUUAUAUUAGAUAAUAAUUAGUGUCUCACAGGAUACCAUGGUACUGGGGGAUUUUUGUACAUCAUUUCAAAAGGAUUUGUUAUAGACAGUACCUGACGUUUCCCAUAAACGAGUUCCCAUUAGAGGGUGGUGUUUGCAUUUAUUCCGUGAAAACUGCCCUGUCUGCAUUCAUUCCGUAAAUUCUAGAGUUCCUUAAAAAGCACAUGGAAAGUGAAAUUAAAAGAUUAGUUUGUGUUUUGGUGCAAUGAAUUUUUUGAAACCUAUGAAUUAUUUUUUAUAAUGUAUAUUUUCUGUUAACUUUUCAAGUAUCUGUUGGAUGUAUGGAUUUGAAUGCUCAUUUUAUGCUUUGUGUUGCUGCAUGAAUGAAAGUGAUAUGGGGGAACUAGCAUGGCACAGUGGGUUAAACCACCACUUGUGAAGUGGCAUCCCAUAUCGAAGCACCAGUUAGAGUCCUGGUGGCUAUUCUGCUUCCCAUCCAGCUCUUUGCUAGUGCACCUGGGAAUGCAAUGACAGAUGGCACAUGUAUCUCGGCCACUACCACCAUUGUAGAAGACCAGGAAGGAGUUCCUAGCUCUAGGCUUUGGCCUGAAUGAGAGGAUGGAAGAGCUCUUUCUUUAUUUCUCCCUUUCUCUGUCAUUCUGCCUUUCAAAUAAAAAGUUUCUUGCCCACAUGGAGUUCUAUAAUGCUGUACAAGAAAGGGGUGAUUUUGAAAGUGAGGCAAGAAAAAACUGAAGUCUCAGAAAAUAGUGGGAAAACAAUGUCACUUAUCAGGAAAAGCCCUGAAGGAGUCAGCCAUAGUAUGGAUUGAUGUCAGUCAAAAAGAGAGGUAAAGGGCUGGUACUGUGGCGGAGCGGCUAAAGCCGCUGUCUGCAGUACCAGCAUCCCACAUGGGCGCUGAUUUGAGUCCUGGCUGCUCCACUUAUGAUCCAGCUCUCUGCUAUGGCCUGGGAAAGCAGUAGAAGAUGACCCAGUCCUUGGGUCCCUGCACCCACAUGGGAGACUUCAGAAGAAGCUCCUGGCUUCAGAUCAGCCCAGCUCUGGCCAUUGAGGCUAUUUGGGUAGUGAACCAGUGGAUGUAAGACCUCUAUCUCUUUGCCUCUGCCUUUCUGUGAUUCUGCCUUUCAGAUAAAUAAAUAAAUCUUAAAAAAAAAAAAAAGUGG